CUUUCAAUGUAUUGCCUUAGACGCACCUACUUUAGAUUUCACUUUAAUAAAGCUAUAAGAUAUUCAUCAAGCAGAUCUGGACUUGAUGAGAGAACGAAGAAAGUUAUGGAAGAGAUCAAGCAGAUAGAGUAUCAGCUACAGUCAAGAUCAAAGCAGGUUCAUAUUUAUAAAAUAAAACAAAACAAAAGAUCACUGUUCUAAUGUUAAUAGGCUGGUAGUUUACCUGAAAAAGUAAGCAACGAAGAGAUCGAAACCAUUUACAAGGAACUUUCUGCACCCACCCCCUCAAGGCCAAAGAUUACUUCUAAUUAUUUGGAACAAUUACAGUUGAAAUUUUUAGAUACCCGUAAAGAGCAGCUUGGGGAAAAUAUGAAAAGACAAUUACCGUCAAGUGAAAAAGUGGUUGACACAAAACUGACAUCGACUGAAGAAAAGUCUUCAAUGCAAGAUUACACAGUUCAAGAUUUUGAAAGCUUAAUUUAUGCAAACGCAAUAACCAAAAGACCCAAAGAAGCAGAAAAAGCAUUCGAUUUGAUGCAGAAAUACAAUAUAUUACCCAGUACUCGAGCCGUGAACCAUUUGAUUGAUGCUUAUGCUAAUGCUAACGAUUUGCCUCAAGCCAUAUCAGCAUUUAAACGACUACGAGAAUAUAAUCUGAAGCCUGAUAUUUACACUUACAGCUCCAUCAUAAAAGCAUUCGUUGCUAGCAAAAGAAUAGAUGACGCACUAGUCAUUUUUGAAAGAAUGAAAAAUAGCUCCAUUAUUCCAUCACAGCCUAUAUUCGCCAACAUCAUCAGUGGAUGCUUAAAAGCAAAUAAAGUGGAGAAGGCAUGGGAGGUGUUUGAUACAAUGAGACUCUCUUAUCAUCAACCUGACGAAGUUUCAUAUACUUUAAUGCUACAUGCUUGUGCAAAGAGAGGAGAAGUGGAAAAAUCCUUGAAUCUGUUUGAAGAUAUGGUCAACUAUCAAUUGUAUCCUACAGAUGUCACCUUUAAUGUUCUUAUUAAUGCAUGUGCAAAGCGUCCUGAUUAUUACCAUGAAGCAUUUAGCUUAUUAAACCAGAUGGAAGAGCACUACGGAUUCCAGCCUGAUAGAAUUACAUACAAUACAUUACUUACGGCCUGUUCAAGAAAAAAAGAUUUGCCUCAAGCUCGAAACAUAUUAAAUGUUAUGUGGAAUGAUAUGAAGGAAAAGGGUGCAGAUAGUCUAUUAGCACCUGAUGAGCAAACUUUUACUAAUUUACUCUGGUGUUAUGCAAGUUAUCAACCAACAAGAAGUGCUGACAAGAUAUCAGAAACAACAAGCUCUUCAACAGCAUUGACAACUACUGAAUGUUUAAUAUCUACUGAAAUACCUCGAAAGAGAUCCGAUGUCGCCAAAGAGGCCAGGUGGCUCUUCAAGCUUGCUGUCUCUCACAAUAUCCAGGUCACAACUGCCUUGUUGAAUGCUUAUUUAACCGUACAUAUCUCACAGAAGCAGCCAGCUGAAGCUGUGAAUAUUUAUACCAAGAUGUUUGAUAAAUUUGCAGUAAAAAAAGAUGGGUUCACAUUUAGUCAAAUGUUGGAGUAUUGUUAUAAACAAAAGGAUGACGUGCUUGCUUGGAAAGUAUGGGACGAUUAUCAAACCUUUUUGGAAUCCAAGCACCAAGAAUUUGACAUUAAAGAAAAUGUGGAAGAGAGUAUUAUGGAAAAAAAGGCCAGACAAACUAGAAAAGAAGCUGCUGCUGUACGAGAAGGUUGGACUGAUCAGCAACAGCGAGAGUUAUGUGUUACUAUGGCAAAUACUCUUGCGAGGUAAAGUCACUGUAAAAAAAGAAAUCAAGAAAUAAGGAUUAAUAUGUAUAUAAUUAGGGUAAAUGAUUUAAAGAACGCCCUGGGCAUUAUUGCUACCGAACUACGAAGAUGCUCGAACUUGGGUGCUCCUAGUCUAAGUGAACUAAUGCCUGUUUAUAACAAAUGUAUUCAAUUAGAAGAUGAAGAAGCUAGACAAACACUGAUACGCCUUUGUCCCAAGAAUAAGACAUUUAAAAAUUCGAAAUUCAAGCGUGUAUAUACUUGAUUAUGUAGAAAAUAAAACAUCCAAUUUUGUCAAUAGAAUAUCUCACACAAAGCUGUAGUAAGGGAGGGAUAAUACAACACUUACGUGACGUUUAAAACCACAUCCAACGUAC